UUUAUUUAAAUAAUUAAUUGAAAGAGACUAUUAAAUUAAUUAGCGUAAGUCCGCGUGACGAGCUGAUCUUAUGAGUUGACGCGAGGAGAGUGGGCAUCACGCGCAUAUCGCGGUUAGUAGAUACUGCCACGUCACCGCUCGCCGGUGGGAUCCACAGUUUGCCUCCUCCGCCACUGGACAACGGAGGAGCUGGUGAAAGAGAGAGAGACAGAGACAUAAAUUAAAAAAAAAAAAAAAGGUCACGAGGGAAUUAUUCCUUCUAUCUAUAAAACCCCACAAACGGAGCCAUCAUCGCAUCGCCAUUGUUUCUCCUAUUCCCCCGCCCGCCUCUCCGCUCCCAGGAAAAAUCUCCCUCCGCACGCCGCCGGCUUGUUUGACCUUCCACCGCCACCGCCAAUCAUCUCCGUUCAGCUCCCUGACUCCGCUCCCUGCCUUAUUGUUUCAGUCUGAUCAUCCUUUCUCUGCUGCAGAGAGCCAAAUAGUUGCUACUGCUGAAGAACGAAUCUCUCCCAGUGGCCAAUCAAUGGCAUUCCAGCAAUUCUUCCCGCAGGAGUGGAAAUCAGUGGCAAGUGCAGCAGCAGCCACAACAGCAUCAGAAGAACCCAGUUUAAACGAUGGCUUCGACUGCAACAUCUGCUUUGAAUUCGCCAGAGAGCCAGUCGUCACCCUCUGCGGCCAUUUAUACUGCUGGCCCUGCAUCUACAAGUGGCUCCACGUCCAGAGCGCCUCCCUUCCUUCCGACGAGCACCCACAGUGCCCCGUCUGCAAGGCCGAUAUAUCCCACACCACAAUGGUCCCCCUCUACGGCAGAGGACAGUCUACAGAAGAAGAAAUCGAAGGAAAGACCCCCAGCAGCAGUGCCAUUCCCAUCCCACCUCGACCUCCAGCCUGCGGUACCCAGGCUCUUGCAACCAGCAGCACUCAAACAGGUCAGCAGCUUCCUUACCGAAACCCUUACCGGGGCAACCACCACCACAAUCCAUCGAUGGGGUACGCUAGCUUCGACGAAACUGCUACUUCCCCGUCGAUGCCUCCGACCAGUUUCCAGUACCACCCGGGGUACGGAGUGCUCGGGGAGGUUGUGUACGCGAGGGUGUUUGGUAACUCUGAUAGCUUACACGCCUACCCGAACUCGUAUCAGCUUACGCAGAGUGGCGGUUCGAGGUUGAGAAGGCAGGAUAUACAGGCGGACAAGUCCCUGAGCAGGAUCUCCUUCUUCUUGUUCUGCUGCGCUCUGCUGUGCCUCAUCGUGUUCUGA